AUGUUAAACUUGCUUGAGAACGGUGAUAGUGGCAAAGAAGAAGAAGAAGAAGGGGAACAAGAAGAAGAAAAAGAAGGGGAACAAGAAGAAGAAAAAGAAGGGGAACAAGAAGAAGAAAAAGAAGGGGAACAAGAAGAAGAAAAAGAAGGGGAACAAGAAGAAGAAAAAGAAGGGGAACAAGAAGAAGAAAAAGAAGGGGAACAAGAAGAAGAAAAAGAAGGGGAACAAGAAGAAGAAAAAGAAGGGGAACAAGAAGAAGAAAAAGAAGGGGAACAAGAAGAAGAAAAAGAAGGGGAACAAGAAGAAGAAAAAGAAGGGGAACAAGAAGAAGAAAAAGAAGGGAACAAGAAGAAAAAGGGAACAAGAAGAAAAAGGGAACAAGAAGAAAAAGGGAACAAGAAGAAGAAGAAGAAACCACAAGAAAACGGAGGAGGAAAAACAAAAAGUUGA